AUGGCAGCCCACGGGAAUGGAAACCUCUCCGCAGCGCCCGUGUGGGCCUUCGUGCUGGAGGGCUUCCGGGGCGGGCUGGAGACCCAGGCCCUGCUCUUCGCCGUCUUCCUGGCCCUGUACCUGGUGACCGUGCUGGGCAACCUCACCAUGAUUGUGCUCAUCACCCUGGACGCCCGCCUGCACUCCCCCAUGUACUUCUUCCUCAAGAACCUGUCCUUCCUCGACCUCUGCUACUCCUCCGCCAUCGCCCCCAACGCCAUCGCCAACUUCUUCUCCUCCUCCAAGGCCAUCAGCUUCGCCGGCUGCGCCACGCAGUUGUUUUUCUUCUCUUUACUUGGAACCACUGAGGCUUUACUGCUGGCUGUGAUGGCCUAUGACCGCUUCAUGGCCAUCUGCAGCCCCCUGCGGUACCCUGUGGCCAUGGGCCCAGCCACCUGUGCCCGCCUGGUGCUGGGUGCCUAUUUUGGAGGCUGCCUCAACUCCAUGGUAGAGACCAGCCUCACCUUCCACCUGCCCUUCUGCAGGUCCAACCACAUCGACCACUUCUUCUGCGAUGUGCCACCCCUGCUCAGGCUUGCGUGUGCCAGCACGACGCUCAAUGAGCUGGUCAUGUUUGCCAUCUGUGGCUUCAUCCUCCUGGGAGCAACUUUAGUGAUCCUGGUCUCCUAUGGCUACAUCACAGUGACCAUCCUCAGGAUGCGCUCUGGCUCUGGGAGGUACAAGGCCUUCUCUACCUGCGGCUCCCACCUGGCAGCUGUGUCUCUGUUUUAUGGAACUGGCUUUGCCACGUAUGGCCAGCCAGGCGCCGUGCGGUCCACAGAGCAGGGCAAGGUGGUCUCCACCUUCUACACCCUCAUCAUCCCCAUGCUCAACCCCCUGAUCUACAGUCUGCGGAAUCGGGAUGUGAAGGACGCUCUGAAGAGGCAGGGACGCAGACACACAGCCGCGUGA